AUGGAGAUCAAGGUCGACGAAGAGGCGGCAGAGGCAGUGGCACCCGCGCCAUCACGGUUCAGGAGGAUAUGUGUCUUCUGCGGGAGCAGCCAUGGUAAGAAGAGGAGCUACCAGGAUGCUGCCAUUGAGCUUGGCAAGGAGCUGGUGGCAAGAAACAUUGAUCUAGUGUAUGGAGGAGGGAGUGUAGGAUUGAUGGGUUCGGUCUCUCAAGCAGUGUACAAUGGAGGAAGACAUGUCAUUGGGGUGAUUCCCAAGACUCUGAUGCCUAGAGAGAUAUCAGGUGAGACGGUGGGGGAGGUGAUAGCAGUGGCUGAUAUGCACCAGAGGAAAGCUGAGAUGGCCAGGCAGUCCGAUGCUUUUAUAGCAUUACCUGGGGGGUUUGGGACACUUGAAGAGCUGCUGGAAGCGAUUUCAUGGGCUCAACUUGGCAUCCAUGACAAACCGGUUGGACUGCUUAAUGUGGAUGGCUACUACGACCCACUGCUGUCUUUCAUUAACAAAGCGGUGGAAGAAGGGUUUAUCAAACCAACUGCUCGCAAUAUCAUGGUCUUGGCUCCAACUCCCAAGGAUCUGAUCCAGAAGUUAGAGGAGUACUCACCGCAGCACGAGGAAAUCGUGCCGAAGAUGAAAUGGGAGGUGGAACAGUUGAGCUACGCUCAGAACUACAAGAUCCCCAGGCCAAAGGAGGGGAAGAUGGUCAUGGAAGCAGAACUGGGAAGCAGGCUGUGGAUGUAG